UGCUUCGACUACGUAUUGCUCGUCUUCCUCCCAAAAUACCUUCCCGUAUGGGCCUCACGUCCUAACUCUCUCUCUCUCUCUGAUAAAAUCUUUGCCAUAUCUGAUCUGUAAUCUGGAUAAACACGAAGAACCCAUGUGAAAUCAGAUCAAGUCAUGCCCAUCUCGUCUCUUUCUCAUCCGAUUAAUUCCGCUUCUCUGUUGCUGUAGAAGAUUGAUGGCUAAGUAAAGGGGAAAAAGCGGAGAUUUCUGGUUGGAUUUUUUGCUUUUUUGGAGAAAAGAGGAAUAACGUAAGCGGGAAAAAGUUCCAUCGGAGAGAAAAAGCUCGAAGCUGCGGCGUUUUGCCGGCAAGCAAGUAUCGAUUCGGGGAAGACGAAGAAGAAGAAGAAGAACUGCCAUGGCGAUGCUUGUGGAGCCUCCAAAUGGAGUUAGACAACAAGGAAAGCAUUAUUACACGAUGUGGCAAACGUUGUUCGAGAUCGACACCAAGUAUGUGCCGAUUAAGCCAAUCGGGAGAGGAGCUUAUGGCGUAGUGUGUUCGUCUGUGAACCGGGAGACUAAUGAGAGAGUCGCCAUUAAGAAGAUCCAUAAUGUGUUUGAGAACAGGAUCGAUGCCUUGAGAACGUUGAGGGAGCUGAAGCUUCUCAGACAUGUGAGGCAUGACAACGUGAUUUCUCUCAAGGAUGUUAUGUUGCCUCCUCUUAGGACAAGCUUUAAAGAUGUCUACUUGGUCUAUGAACUUAUGGAUACCGAUCUUCAUCAGAUCGUCAAAUCAUCCCAGCCACUCUCUGAUGAUCACUGCAAGUACUUCAUCUUUCAGUUGCUAAGAGGACUGAAGUAUCUCCACUCGGCAAAUGUCCUUCACCGGGACUUGAAGCCAGGCAACCUCCUUGUCAAUGCCAAUUGCGACCUGAAGAUAUGCGAUUUUGGGCUUGCCAGAACAAGCCGAGGCAAUGAACAGUUCAUGACGGAGUACGUGGUCACACGCUGGUACCGAGCCCCUGAACUUCUUCUCUGCUGUGAUAAUUACGGAACCUCCAUCGAUGUCUGGUCAGUUGGCUGCAUAUUUGCUGAGAUUCUUGGCAGAAAACCGAUUUUCCCUGGAACCGAAUGCCUUAACCAGCUUAAGCUAAUCAUCAAUGUGCUUGGUAGCCAGCAAGAAUCUGAUCUCCAGUUUAUAGACAACCCGAAAGCCAGGAGAUUUAUCAAGUCUCUCCCUUUCUCAAGGGGUGCCCACCUGUCCCACAUGUACCCACAUGCCAAUCCUCUGGCUAUAGACUUGUUACAGAGGAUGCUCGUGUUUGACCCAACCAAAAGAAUCACUGUCACAGAAGCACUGUUGCACCCUUACAUGGCAGGGCUGUUCGACCCGGGAGUCAAUCCACCUGCCCAGUUCCCAAUCAAUCUGGACAUAGAUGAGAACAUGGAAGAGCAUACAAUCCGGGAGAUGAUGUGGAACGAGAUGCUCUAUUACCACCCGGAGGCUGCGUCCCCAAACACUUAGGUAACAAUGUACUAUCAAACGGUAUUUCUAGUUUUCGUAUGCUUCUUGAUCUCAGGCAUCGUUAUAGAAGCUUUAUCAUAUUAUUGUAUGGAGAAAAAACUCGGCUAGUGUUUCGUCUCACCCGUUUUAUUAGGGCAGUGAGUGAGUAAGCAAGUGCUGGAGAGCUAAGUUCAUGAUCUCCCCUUUGUAAAACACACACCACUAGACUGUAUGUGCCUUUGUGUACUGAUCAUUCUGAAGGGAAAUGAAGGAGAGAAACUCAAGAGUCUGACACAGAGUCCAUUCA